UAUUUUCAGUGCAUAGCCAUUGAGGACAUUAAUCCACAAGCCCCAGUUCAUUUCCUGGUUAUACCAAAGAAAGAAAUAAGAAAGAUAACUGAUGCUAUAGAUGAGGAUGAACAAGUAUGUUUACCAUCUUGUUUCUUUUUAACUACCCUUGAUUUUUAUAUGACAGCACUGCUCUGUUAAAAAUUAAGGAUAUUGCUAUUACAGUACUGCAAGUUAAAUUUUUGGACAAUUUCCGAGCCAGUGAGCCAUACGAACUUUGGGGGAAAAUAGAGUUUUAGGCAAUUGUAAAUGCAUGAAAAAUGUUUCCUGCUUAGUUCGCGAGGUUUUGCUGAUGGAAUAUUUGCAGAAUUAUGCAGUAUUGAUCGACUUUUACUGAUAAGGGUUAAGUGCUCAUUUCACUGACUUAAAGACUCACUUUACGAAUUAGGUUUAAGUGAUGUUUUGGGUUAAAAUUUUUUUUACGAAUUAGGGUUAAGUGCUUUUUGUCAUUAAACACUCAUUUACUACGGUUAGCUUUUGGUUAUUUUUUUUUUGUAUUACCGCUUUUUCUAUUUUUUUCUAUUUUUCUUUCGCAUGGCUCGUUGGCUCACACUGUGUCCUAACUCAAUUUAUUGGAUGUAUCAAUUAUUUAAUAUCCUCGGAGAGUUGUUACCCCAAUUAGGAAAAGGUGCCAUGGGCACCCUUCAUCCAUUAGCCCAUUAGUAUAGAGUCAAACCUUAAAAAAAGUUGACACCCAUGAGACCAGACUAAUAGUGCUUGGUUUCCCUGUGAGGGUAUCGUACGUCGAACUAUUGACUAAAAACCUACCCCUACUCUGGCCCCUUUAUAGCUUCAUCUGGGAGGGGUUACUUCCUAGAAGUAGGCUAAUGCGUAUGUGUCAUUGGAUGGGGUCACAUUUUCAUGGCUGGAUUGACUAUUAUGAGGUUGCAUUUUUUAUAAGAGUUACUAGAAUGGAGUUGCCCAUAUUCAGGCUUUUGGGUGUCAGAAAAUUCAGAUCUGUAGGGAUUUAAAAAUAGAAAGAUUUGCACCACAUUAAGUUUUCACAAAUGUGUCAGUUCAUUUCAGGGUGACUAAGUUAAAAGGCUUUGUAAGGUGGCUAAGUUGGGAUUGCAAGAAUACUUUUUUCCCAAAGUGACAAAGAAUUAAUUUAUAAUAUGGCCACAGAAUAAACUAUAAUGGGGUAGGGGUUCUGAGAUGCCAGUGGCACAUACCCGGCAAAAAUUAACUCAAGUACCCCCCUCCCCUCCCUGGGAGUUUCAUAGACAUAAUAGACCUCCCUAUGGACAGCUGUGAUACCUGCACUCUGCCCAAAGAUUUGAGACUUCGUAAGGAAAAGUGGAAUCACAGAUCAGGCUAGAAAUGGGGAGUUCUGGAUCCUGUUAACCUGUUCUCUCACUUUCAACUCCUUUUUGCACCCAGUCGCUUUGAGAGAGAAAUCCUUAUAAUGAAAAAGUAUCAGGGCUGUCAUAAAUUUUUAGAGCAGCCGUAGCAAAUGAAGAUUCACCUGUAACAUCUCCCCAGAACUUCAUAGUGUCACCUAGCUUCCACUUCGAUCACCUGUAAAAUGAAGUGAGCUCAGCUGUAAAAGGUGUUGUGGGUUAUGGCCCUUAAUGACAGCUUUGUGAAUGACUAUGUUUUUUUUUUCAGCUUCUUGGUCACUGCAUGAUUGUUGCAAAGAAAGUAGCAGCCCAGAAGGGUAUUGACCAGGAAGGGUAUCGUGUGGUAAUCAAUAAUGGUCAACAUGGCUGUCAGUCUGUCUAUCACAUCCAUUUACACGUUUUAGGAGGGCGAAAGCUCAAGUUCCCUCCAGGAUGA